AUGACGCCCGCUGGGCCUGUGAGUUUUCCCGUGACGUCUCUGAAAGGGGCGUCCAGCUAUCGCAUCGUGUUCAAGGAGCUCCCGCAGCGGCUGCGACGCAUGCCCGAGUGCGAGGGGAUGAGCCGGCGCCUCCACGACCGCAUUAAAGCGGUCCACGACGCCGUCGCAGCUCACGACGAGCAGUGGAAGGCCGAGUACUGCAACGUCCUCAAGCGCUUCAUCAGGGUGCUGCGUCAGACGCCUCUGCUCGAGCGCCUCGCAGGGGGAGAAACGAUUGCGUACACGUUCCAGGAGUUCAACUCCAAGAUGGACAAGAUCUGCGUGGGCGUAGGCGUGAUGGACUCGUCCGCUACAGGCCAAUGGCAGGGAGCUUGGGCCAGCGACUGCCGGGCCCAGGCCGCUCUAUUGGAGAAGCUGGUUCGAACGGCCAGCCCCUCCAUGCUCAUCGGAGAGAUGAAGGGCGAGAAGAAGGUGACCAAAGUCAUGGUGGACAUGUACGCGUCCCUCGAAGACACGGCGUCCGGACCACUCACGGAGCUAAAGCGCGCGACACUGGAGCGCCUGCGCGCCCACCUCCGCCUCGAGACCCGCGUCAUCACGGCCGAUACUCUUGCUGCAAGUGGACCCAAUUCGAACAGCAUCUUGUCUAUCUUCCGCUGGUACAUUCCCCAGCGAGACGUGGACCUCGCGGAUGCUGCGCCAAUUGGCGCUGGAACGUACGGCACAGUGAACCACGGCACCUGGCGCCGCCGUGACGGGACGACCCAGAACGUCGUGGUGAAGUCGCUCUACGACAAAGGCUCGGAAUCCGAGGCUUCAUUUCUGAGGCAGCUCCAGUUCUGGUACGAACUGCCAAAGCACCGCAACAUCAUUCGCCUCUUUGGCGGUUCCCACCUGGCUGCGAAGCCCUUCUUUGUGUGUGAAGAAGCCCCCGCAGGUGACAUUGUCCAGUUCAUGGGCGACGAGGAGAACCGAGGACUGCUGUGGAGCCUCUUCCUGCAGGUGGCAGAAGGCCUCAAGGUCCUCCACGACCACCGCAUCGUGCACGACGGAUUACGGGGCAGCAACAUCCUCAUGGGCGAGAAGAACACGCCCAAGAUCUCGGACUUUGACUGCUCUCGUAUCCGUACCAUUUCCGCGAGCUACAGCAAGAAGACGGAAGACGCGAUGAGCAGCUCCAUCCGCUGGAAGCCUCGAGAGAGAAUGGUGGAAGCUACCAAUGAUGACCCGCACUACAAGUCGGACAUUUAUUCCCUUGGAAUGUGCGUCAUCGAGGCGAUGACUCAGGAUAUUCCCUUUACAGCCGAGAUCGACGAUAAGGAUGUCACGGGGAUGAUCAUCUCAGGGGAGCCAUACGAGCGUCCAGCGGCAAAAAUGUCGGACGAGGAGUGGGGCGUCAUCAGCCGCCUUAUCGCUGUCGAUAUGAACCAGCGCCCGGAUAUCAACGAGACUAUCGCGCUUCUGCGCAGUCUGGCACCACCGGCGGCGUAG